AUGAUAUCCUAAGGAUUAGACCAAAGCACAAUUUCCCCUUUCACAAAUUUAGACCUGAACCCAACGGCUUAUGACUUGAAAAAGGGCUUAUACUGCUGCCAAUUACGUUUACGCCUACGCCUACGCCUCCCCACCAAAUUCAAUGUUGUCAAAUCGUCGUCCGUAGAAAUCCAUCCAUCCACCUCCGUUUCUCGUACCCCCAAUCCCUCCCUGCUUCGUUUCUUGCUCCAAAUUAGGGUUCUUAUAUUUCAAUCUUGUAACUCCAAUUGGCCUUUUUCUUCAUCUUCUUCAUCUUUCCCUUUCGAUUGUCGUCGUUGUAUCAAUAAACCCAUCUCUGAUUUGAUUCCUGAUAGACCCGUGUAUAUAUAUACAGCUUAGGAAUCAGUAAACCCCUUGUCUUUCUUUUCAUCCGAAAGGGUUUUUUUCGUUGUUAGAUGCUUUUGGAUAAUGUCGGAUGCGAAUAUUAGCAAUCAGCAUCUUCAUCGAGCUACCUACGAGCCUGUAAGUUUACAGCGUCAUCAUCAUCAGCAACAACAAGGAAUUACUAUCAAUAGCAAUAACGACGAUGGAAAUCAACAUCACAUGGUUGACGAUGUAGUAGUAGAGGAAGACGACGACGACGUUCCCGGAGGCGAAGAAGAGUCUAUCGAUAACCCUAACCAGAUCCGUUACGACCACCACAAUCCACAUCAUCAACACCAUGGUUUACAAAACGGCGGUGGCUUGGAAGGCGGAAUGGAGGAAAUGAGUGCUCCGCCACAUGGUCUGUAUGUUCCGGAGUCUGAAAUUCAGCAGCAUGCGGUGGGUGGUGGUGGUGGUACUGGUGGUGCUGAUCAGCUUACGUUGUCGUUUCAGGGUGAAGUUUAUGUGUUCGAUGCUGUUUCACCUGAAAAGGUGCAAUCUGUUUUGCUACUGUUGGGUGGAUAUGAAGUACCUACAGGGGUCACUUCUUUAGGGAUACCUCCUCAGAAUCAAAGGGAUUUGGCAGAAUUUCCUGCAAGAUCAAGUCAAUCUCAAAGGGCUGCAUCAUUGAUUCGGUUUAGAGAGAAGAGGAAAGAAAGAUGCUUUGAUAAGAAAAUCCGUUACACUGUUCGAAAGGAAGUUGCCCUGAGAAUGCAACGAAAAAAGGGUCAAUUUACAUCAUCCAAGGCAACUUCAGAUGUAUCGGGUUCUUCUUCCGAUUGGAAUGGUGGGCCCACCCAAGAUGAAGAAACAACAUGUAGGCACUGUGGAAUAAGCUCGAAGUCAACUCCGAUGAUGCGACGUGGGCCCGAUGGGCCAAGAACGUUGUGCAAUGCGUGCGGACUCAAAUGGGCUAACAAGGGACUUUUAAGAGAUCUGAGCAAGGUUUCAGCAGCAGGAAGUCAGGAAGCAGGUGGAAAGGGGAACAACUUGGAAGCUGGAAAUGUGAAUGCUGCUGUGCUUGUGGUGUCUAAUGGAGAUAGUUCGGGUGUGGCUGGAGAAAGCUUCUCCAUUGGUAGUCUGUAA